GUUACCCUUGGGAAGAGGAGUUGGGAAAGGAGCCUAAGCCCAAACUGUGUGCUGUUUGCAUUUUCCAGGCUUCUUGAGAGGACCGGAUCAGGAGAACAGAGAGAACUACGACAGCCAUGACGGAACACAUGCUUCUGAAAGUUCCCCUAAGGAGUUACCUGAGUGGCCUCCCAUGUGUGCGCAUCGUGUGACAGGCACAGAAGAGUCUCCUAACCACAUCAUGCAAGAGCACAUGGAAACACCUAUAACCUUGGAACCCCCAACACCGAUUUCAAACAGUUUCUCCAAUCAGUCAGACAACAUGGAUUCAACGGAACCCAAAUGGACUGAGCAGAUCCAGCAGAGCUCAAUGGACCCUGUGGAGAGAACGGUUGAGGGAAAGGUUGACAACCACAUGGAUGUGGUUCUGGAACCAGAAUCUCAAACGUAUCCAGAGGCACAGAAGUCUCCGUAUUUGUCUGGUCCCGAGGUGGCCGGUCCUCUGGUACAGCCUCCCUCCAUCAUGGCAUGCCACGGUGCGCCCAGCACCAAUGUAACUCUAGAGAUCCUGCAGAGCACCAGGGUGGCUGUGGCCCAGUUCUCCCAGAGGGUCCACUCUGAGAGUCUCCGAGGCGGGGAGAGUUCUGCCCCACUCCCCAUGAUUUUGGAUCGCUUACUGGACCUGCAGCGGCAGCAGAUCCAACAGCUGCAGCUCAUCGAACAGAUUCGCAAUCAAGUGGCCAUGUUGAACAAGCAGCAGCCCGUGCAGACAGCGCAGAAUCUGACGUCCAAAGGACUGCCCUCAACGUCUGGCCCUCACCAGUUGCAGGCAGUGCUCGCCCAACCCAUGUUCCCCCUCUUGGGACUGCUGCCUCCCAAUGCAAACGGACAAGUGUCACGUGGACACGUGGAGACCGCUGCCUCGUCGCUCUCUUUACAUCCUAAGACUGGACAGUCUGCCAUCAGAUCCAUGGUCUCAUUGCCCAGUUCUAACCACUUGUCAUCUGUUCUUAGUAUGGCUUCCUCUGCCUUGCCUCCAUACAGUGGGAGCACAACACCUGUCACUGGAAGUCAUCCAACUGGCUCUUCAGGUGUGCACUCUGUGGAACCAAACAACAACGUCCAGACUAAUCAUCAGUUGUCCAGCCUUCCUUUGCUCCCUCCGAGCCCACCCGGAGGCAUCAUUUUCCCCAACCCCUUGGCUAGCAUAAUGGCCACGACCAAUGCACUGGAUCCCCUGAGCGCUCUUAUGAAACAGCGAAAAGGCAAGCUCUCCAAUGUCUCCAUAUUCGAUAGCAAGCCGAGCUCCGAUGACUCCUUCUUCAAGCACAGGUGUAGGUUCUGUGCCAAGGUGUUUGGCAGCGACAGUGCCCUGCAGAUCCACUUGCGUUCCCACACAGGAGAGAGGCCGUUCAAAUGCAACAUAUGCGGAAACCGCUUCUCCACCAAGGGAAACCUGAAAGUCCACUUUCAGCGGCACAAAGAUAAGUACCCCCACGUUCAGAUGAACCCUUACCCCGUGCCCGAAUACUUGGACAACAUACCUACAAGCUCUGGGCUUCCUUACGGGAUGUCCCUUCUUCCAGACAAAGCAGUGAGCACAUGGCCAGACAGCAGGCCUUUAAUAGCAUCUGGCCACGUGUCUGCCGGCCUUCAUCUUCCCUCAACUUUUGAUGGUGUAGAGAGGUCCACUGAUUCUCUGAGCAAUGCUUCCUCAGUAGGAUCUCCUCUAAAAACCUCCAGUGGCCCGAGUGAAUAUACGUCUUUGUCUCCUAAUCCUACUGAAUCAAGGAAACCUGUGGAUACAGUGUCCACACCAUGUAGUCAGAUAGGAGAGGUUUCCUCAAUUUACUUGACUGGGGCAGGGGAAAGAUUUACCUCUCAAAAUGGCCUUCCAACGCAAAAUGCAAGUAUGACUACAGUGUCCUCAGAAUCUUCUUCCAUUCAAUCCACUUCACCUAGGUCUUCCUCACAAUCCUGCAACUCAGAUCAGACAUACAGCAAACAUCAAAUGGACAUAGACCCCAUGGAAACCUCAGAAACCUCCAAGCUGCAGCAGCUGGUGGAAAACAUUGAUAAAAAAGUGUCAGAUCCCAACGAGUGUGUGAUAUGCCACCGGGUGCUCAGUUGUCACAGUGCUCUGAAAAUGCACUACCGCAUUCACACAGGUGAGAGACCGUUCAAGUGUAAAGUGUGUGGUCGGGCGUUCUCCACCAAAGGGAACCUGAAGACCCACUUUGGGGUUCACCGUGCCAAGCCUCCACUCUGGGUACAGCAUUCCUGUCCGAUAUGCCAGAAGAAGUUCACAAAUGCUGUUGUGCUGCAGCAGCACAUUCGCAUGCAUAUGGUGGGCCAUAUACCAAACGUGCCUCCAGCAGAUGCUCACCAGGAAAUGGAUACGGAUCUCUCCUACGAUGAAAACAGCUUCGACAGCCUGAAUAACUAUGAUGAGGAUGGUCGAUUUGACGACUCCCUUGAGGUGGAAGAUGAAAACAGUGAGGAGGAUGGAAAUCUUGAUGUACACGUGAACUCUGACCCUCUGGGCCAUGUUAUGUCAGGCCUAUCUGAGAUGGAAACACCAAUGACAGCGACUGACACAACAGCCAAGACAGAGCUUACAUGUCAGGCCGCAGUGUUGAGAAACGGACCUGUGGGUCGUGGCUACCUGACCAACAGUUUCUCGGCGUCAGAUGAGACGGAGAAACAUUGUAUGCUUGGAACUGAACUUCCUGAAUUCUUAGAUUCCAGGGAUGUCUCUUUAUCUCCACUCCACAAUGAUGCUAAUGCGGAAGACAGCAAUAAACCACCUCAAAGGACUUCUGUCACAGAUAGAGACGAUUCACCCAUCAGCAUCACUGCUGCUGAGAAUAGCACACUUAGCAGUAAAGCGGAAAAUGGCAAAACUACUGUGAAAGAGGAGAAUCUAAAUGACAUCUUUUGUUCAAGCAAGGAACUCGGAAUAAUCGCUGGUUGCAUCAGUCCGUCAAAUAGCACCACACAGAGCAACAUGGAGCUCUCUGGGACCAACAGGUCAUCACCCAUUAGGAGAGAAAUACCCAGCAUGCACAGCGGUCCCCAGGCCCAGGUAUUCACACCCUCCCUGGCCAAGCUUGAGGUCUCACCUCUCCUAGGAGCCCCCCAACCACUCCGCACCCCAAAACAGCACAUUUGCCUGACGUGCGGGAAAACCUUUUCGUCAGCGAGCGCACUACAGAUUCAUGAGCGAACACACACUGGAGAGAAGCCAUUCAGCUGCUCUGUCUGUGGUCGAGCUUUUACCACAAAAGGAAAUCUCAAGGUGCACAUGGGCACCCACAUGUGGAAUAACAUGCCUGCCCGGAGAGGACGGCGCCUGUCUCUGGACAACCCAGCAGCCUUGCUGGGGUCAGACGCUCUCAAGUUAACAGAGGGGUUUCAGAAGGACAUGGCAGCAAGGGCCAUGAGUGUGGACCCCGGCUUCUGGAACCACUACGCGGCAGCUAUCACCAAUAGUGUGGCUAUGAAGAGCAAUGAGAUUUCUGUCAUUCACAAUGGUGGUGGUGCUCCCAACCACCAUGGGAUGCAUAUGGGCUUGGACAGGGUGAAUUCAGGACACAGUCCACAAAUGACUAACUUUGGGAAAAAGAACAAUGACAGCCCUGUCAGCCAGCACUUCUCAAUGCUUAUAGACAAUAGCAAAGAAAAUUGUAUCAAUUAGACUGAAGUGAGUGGUCAUGAAAUAUGAAUGGAAUUAUGAUUCUAUUUGAAAAACUGUUUGUGAUUUUUGCAUAUUACAGUUGAUGUAGUAAUUACCCUGUUAGAUAGGGUAUUUAUAUGGUUUAUUUCAGCUAUCUUAGAUUUUUUGCUCAAAAUGUCACCCCAGUAAAUUCCCCAAUGUUUCAUUUGGUGCAAUUCUAAAAGUAAACAUUGCUGUGUGUUCUUAUUUUGGCACCAUGCACUUCCAAAUUGUUUGUUAUUUAUUUGUAUCAUUUGUGGUUGUCUAAACUACUUCAUGCAACUGUUACAAAUGCAAAGAUGUAGCAAAACCAUGCCGUUUUCUUUCUCUCCAUGAAGUCAUGACAAAAAAAGCAAGCGUUGGAAUACUACCUCAUGUGUUUUAGAGACUGAUUUGUAUGGGAGUAUUUUCAUGUAGGAAAAUAUAAAUCUUUUGGCAUCUACUGUAAGUAAUUUCAUAUAGGCCUACUGCAUAAAGAAACAGUUCACAGAGCAAUGAAAUUGACAACAAAUUCAGAUGGAAAAUAGGGAAAGUUAACUUUGUCUGCAUCCUUGCCAACAAAACGAUUAUGUUGCAUGUUUUAUUUGAUAAACGUGUCUCAUAAAUCUAGGAAAUUGGUGUCUGUUUAUAGUGAAUCUUUAAAAAAAAAUCAUUGCGGUUAUAGGUUUACUUGUCUGAUACAAUUAUGGUCAGACUGCACAUGACUAGAGUCAUAUAUUCUUUUUUCCAUUUGAAAGGACAGUGUCAAGAUUUGUAGUUGGCACAGCUCUGGAGGCCUACACUCACAAACACAUAUUUAUACUGUGAAUUUGCGUAUUUGAUUCAUUGACUCGAAGUCAAUUGUUUGAUUGCAAUAGUUCAAAUGAUUUUUCCUAAA